UCAGGGUUUUACCAUGGCUUCUGAUCAAGAACAAAUCAUGGCUUGUUGGUUUGGGUACAGUGGUAAGCUGGGGUUUGUUUCAAAGCAGGAAAGGAGGGAGAGUAUCACUAAACAAGAGUAAGGAGAAAGAGGAGGAGGAAUUUGUAAUAGUGAACCUUCCAAAAUUCCCUGAUAGUGAGUGAGAUUAUUAUGACUGUAUGAUACAUCACCUUGGUUAGCAGUUAGUAUGCAGUAUGAGACAGCUCUGAUUUAAUUUUUACCUAUUAAAUGAAAUGAGUCUGCUUUCUGAAAUGUAUAUGUGUUUGCUUUUGGAAAAGGUAGUUUCAUGGUAACAUCUUUCAUAUGUGUUAUUUGGAUUAAAUUACAGCCUUAAAAUAGACAGCAUUGCUUAUAUGUAAAAAAAUAAAAGCUUCAUAUAGACUGGAGCAUUCAAACAAAUUUUCUGUGAACUUAAGCUCUUUCAACUCUUUAAUAAUGGAAGAAGAUUGCAUAGAUGUUAGAAUGAUUUCUGGCCUCUAGGCAAACAGUGAAAUUAAAUGAGUUGCCUUUAUAUUUCUAAACCAUUUUGUCUGUAGUAAUACUGAGCUAGAUGCUAAGCUGCAACAAUAGAAAUUGUAGUGUUUCCCUGACAACUGAGAAAAACAGACAUGCAUAAAAACUGAGGUUGAAGGAUGCAGCACUCAUAGAUAGUGUGGGUUGGGAUGGCUUCUUACCUCGCUUGAGAUAGCAAGUAAAGAGUGGGGAAAAAUAUUAUGAGAAGAGUAGUUCCAAACUCUUUGGCAUCUGGAUGGGGCUUCAAGAAAGCAAAUGAGAAUGCAAGAUCCUGGCCAGAUUUGACCAUAAUUUGGUGUGCUUCGGGUAAGUUUUCCUUUUUGCACAUUAUAUGUAGAAAUAAUCAUAAGUCAGACUCUUGUCAGUCCAUUCCAUUCUCAGUGCAAACCCAUAUUCUUUCUACUCACAGACCCUUCCCAUCCAUGCCACUAAAACUGACAUCUUAGUCUAUAAACAACUACUUCCUAAAUUUGCAGCAACUAAUCAUAAUUUUUGUUCAGUUCAUUUUGGCCUCUCCUAUCAUCUUUCUCUUACUUAUACACAGUUCUCCACUAGCAGAUGUGCACUAAAAGCCCAAUUGAAGUAAAUGAAACAGAUGUGUGGGUAGGUACAAAAUUGUAUUCUUUUAAGUUCAGUUUUUUCUGACCUCAUGGAUUGUUGGGAACAAAUGAACCCAGUCCAAUGAUGACUUCUUGGAGCAGUGUGAACCUAUGUGGCAGGAGGGAGGCACUUUCAUGAUUAAAUCAUUAUUUUAAAUGUCCUGUGACUUAUUGUGACUUACUGUGAAUGAAGCAAAUAUAGGCCAUCUGAGCAGGAAUUGUGCCAGUUUUGUGUCUUGUGCAGUAUUCUUCACACACUUCACACACUAUUAAUAUGGAAUUGGCAAUUAUUUAAAAUGUAUACAUCACCUUUUCAACCUUGUCUCAGUUUUUAAGUUUUAAAAUACUGAAAAAUAUGUAGUAAUUAAAAAUUGUGUUGCACGCUGCUUUGAUGUUUGUUGAAUUUUUGUGAAUUAAAAAUUUAAACCUCAGUGGAAAGAAGAGCUCGGGGAGCACAGUAGAGUGAGUGAUAUAGGAAGCACAGAAUUACUGUGCUUGCUCUUGAGUUACAGUACUCUAGCUGCCAUGAAAAGUCUGUGUGCUGUAAAUGGCUACAUGCAGAAAAAAAGAUUUGCAGAUGUGAUAAGAGAAGUCAUCCGGAAGGAAUUAGUCACAGUAGGUUGUUGUGCAGGUGCUGUUACCAUAGCAAGGAACGUAUGCACAUGUGAUCCUUUUUUUGAAAUGCAGUAUAGUUGCUGAGGAACAAUUAGCUUCCUGUCUUUACCAUAGGGAUAUAAGUGAAACAGUGGGCAACUCAUGAAUGCACCUGCUGUACUAAUGGCUGUUUUCACUAUGAAACAAAGUGUUAUCUAUGAAUUUAACUGAUGUCAGUUUAGAUGUUUUGACUUCGUAUGUUUUUAGGUGCACACAAGAUGCUCCUGGGUGGGUUUGACUUUCCUGCUAACUUUAAAUUAACUUUCCUUUCUCCAGCUGAAUGUUGUGUUGCCUGCUCUAGAUGGGGAUCUCCCUCUGAAGGAUCAGAUUAACACUCUUAUAAACAUAAUAGCAAGGACUCUACUUUUCAAGAACCCAUUAUUCGAUUAUGCAUGUGCAGAACACAAGUGACAAUUGAACAGUUAUAUAACAUAAAGAGAAUGGAGGCGCAGAGACUUCCUUGUCCUCCGGCGUCACUAAAAGAUCAGCCAGUUCAGCUCUCUUGCCUUCAAGCAGUGCCAGCAGCAUCAAAUCUCUCACUGAGUCCGGUGGUCCUUCAGCCAGAACAAGGUGUCUCCCAGACUAUAUAUCUGAAAGCCCUUACCAUACCACUUUAUCAACCUACCCAGGCAGAAUGUCAUCAUCCAAAGAACAGACUGCCCACAGGCCGAACUAGUAUCAACUUAGACAGCACUAAUAUGCCUUUAAUCGUAAGCCCGGUUUUACAUUCAGAGGGGACAGAUCAACUUCAGGCAGUCAUUCAGAAGCAACCUAGGACAAUAAAUAUAAUUAGUGGUUUAUCGGUUUUGCCACAAAAUCCUUCUCCAUGCAUGCCACUUGGAAGCCCAGGGAAAUCCAAAAGUGCUGGGAAGUACCUCUGUAAACAUUGUGGCCGUGAUUGCCUAAAACCAAGUGUUCUUGAGAAACACAUGCGCUCACAUACAGGUGAGAGACCUUUUCCGUGUACUACGUGUGGCAUUGCAUUUAAAACUCAAAGCAAUCUGUAUAAACAUAGGAGAUCCCAAACACAUGUAAACAAUGCCAGGCAGCCCUCAGAAUCUGACAACAGUAGUACAUUAGAAGAGAAUGAGAAGGUGUCUGAAAGUGUUGGAGCUCUCCAGACAACAAAAGCCAAUGAUAGAAACUCUGACCAGCCAAGGACAGUGAUUAAACAAGCCAUUUCGGAGUCCACAGAUGUGUUAACUAGGGAGAAGCACCUUCCUGAUGCUUCUUUGCCAGCAGUGAAUGCUUUAUUCCUUGGAUCUGAAAACCAGUGGAUGACAAUGGACAACUAUCAUGGAGGGCUAAAUCAGAAUGCCCUUGAGAAAGAGACCAUGAAAGAUCCAUUGAAUUCGCUCCAGAGAAGAAAGAUCCAGGAGCAAAGGUCUCCAACUGUCAGUAAGCACAGUCAGCUACAGAGGCAGCAAGCCACAUACUCGGAGAAGCUAUGGGACAGCAGAUCUCCAGACUACAAGCUGAAGAAAUGUGAAAGCACUGACUCAGGAUACCUGUCACGCUCUGAUAGUGUGGAACAGCAGAUGCUGUCUCCCAGCCCUCUGCACAGUCUUUGUGAGCACAGCAUAGAGUCAGAAAGUGAUACAGCCAUUAGCAACCUCAGGUACACAGCAGGAAAUAGCUCAAAAGUAGAUUUGGCUGAGAAAGCACCAGGAGCCUUAACAUUUGAGAAAAAGAAAUUGGAGGAGCAUAUCUCAAAGCUAAUAUCUCAAAAUAAAGCUGUGGUGGAUGACACCCAACUGGACAAUGUUAGACCCAGGAAAACAGUCCUGUCCAAGCAGGGUAGCAUUGACUUGCCGAUGCCUUAUACGUAUAAAGACUCAUUCCAUUUUGACAUACGGCCUGUUGACAUAAACAGAAAAAAGAACCUUUCUCUGUUCUCAGCCAAGUCUAUAUUCACACCUGUGGAAAAAUCAAAGCCAUUGUUUUUUCACUCGGUCCCCACUCAGUUCUCUACGACAAUUGAUUGCGUUCCUGUUACCAGAAGUAACUCUUUGCCUUUUGUUGAGAGUACUAGGAGGGUACAGGAUCAAAUAGAUAGUUCAAAAUUAACUUCUUUCGCUAGAAUGUCCCCAAACACAAGUUUUUCUGGUUUAUUGCAUAGCAACAACUUUGCUGCAAGUACAGCAGGCUUUUCUAACAGCCACCCCCGAGCGCUUGUCAGGCAGGUGGCAGUAGAUGACUUACUGCUAAGUAACGUGAUUGAAUCUUCAUCUUCUUCGGAAGAGAUGAAAGGCGCUAAAAAGCCUGGAGCUGGGGGGGAAGGAGCAAACACAAAGUCUAAGAAACCCAGUCAAAGAAAAUUUAAAAUGUUCUCUCAGGAAAAAUGGCAGGUUUAUGGGGAUGAGACAUUUAAGAAAAUCUACCAGAAAAUGAAAAGCAGUCAAAUGACCAAGAAACCAAAGGAAAAUAAGAAAGAUAAUUCAAGCAUCCAUUUGGAUGCCAAGGAAACAACUAGUCAGGAGGGAGUUACUCUGCCAAGAGAAGGCAGAAGCAACACAAUGGCAGCCAUUUCUGCAAAACUGAAUACUGAAGAAUUGAAAGGCCAUUCUAUCAGUAGUCCUAUAUUGCAAUGUGUUUCCUUACAGGAGAGUUCAAGGAGCUUUGCAGAAUCAAUGGAAACAUCAAGUACUGUCAGUGAUUGUGAACACAGUGAUAUGACUAAAACACUUCUGGAACACAGAUGCAAAGAAUUGGGUGUUUCAGAGGAAGAAUCAAACAGCAACACUCAGUUCCAGCCUUUAAGUUCCAGUUGUGAACUGAAGUUCCCACUUCAGCAAGCCACAGAUCAAGAGACUGUUACCUCAUUAAACACUGCUAGCUUGCAUAAUACUGGCUCAGAGGAGACAAUUACACAAGAAGAAUUUAUUAAACUUUUGCCCCCAUUACAUGAUGAUAUUUUGACCUGCAAAGGAGAAGAUACUGGUGGAAAAGAAAGCUUUCAACUUAAGCAGGGGGGCUUACCACCACACCAGUGCGACAGCAGUGAGCCAGUGCAGGCACUUCAAAAGUUACCCUCGGAGAGAAAAAAGUUAAAAGUGGAUAAACUGAAGAGCAAAGAAAAUACAAAACUAAAAGCCAGUAUUGGUCACAGCAGCUCAGAAGAGAGAGCUGUGAAACCACUAGACCAUUACAAACUUCUUAAUAUGGUUGCUCCAGUAUCAGUAAGUCACUCAGUUAAAGGAGAAAAGCAGACAGGAACAGUAGGAGCAAAUGCAUCAGGUGGCAACAUGGAAUAUGAGGAAGCAGUCAAAUAUCCCAUAAUGGUUUCUAAUAAUAAGGUUACUAAUCUCACUGAUAAAGCAAGUGUACCAGCAUUUUCAUUUUCUGAGCAACUCAAGGCUGGGAUAAAAAAGGAGCACACCUGCAAUUCAUCUGCUUUACAAAAACUGACAGAAAACCCAAGUCCGAUGAUAACGGGGACAGAAAUGUCAUAUCAGAGUGGAGAUACGGCACCACCCCACACACAUCAUAUAGCAGUUGAUCAAGGACCUCCAAAUCUAAAGAAAAAUGAAUUUCUCCCAAAGUAUAUCCUAAAAUGUGCACAAGAAGCGAAUAGUACAGACAUGCCAUUAAUUCUAGCAGGAGUGUCAAAGGAAAUGCCCUGUAUUUCACUGGCCUGCACGUCAACUGACACCUCUUCCCUUGCCAGUAACAAUAGAUCAGUUGGAACCAGCUCCACAGAUGUAUUUUUGUGCCCUUUGCAAUUGGAACUGAGUCAUCCGAACAGAACAAAAGAGCUAAAAGGGGAAGUACAUACAACGCUGAAGUCUCUGGUAGUUUGCUCACCAGCUAUCCUAGAAACCACCAGCAUCGCAACCAGGUUAGACAGAAGAUGCCAUCUUCAGAAUGUCAGGCAGAAGGAGAAGAUGAAAGAUGAGGGGAAAGGAGCUAAUAACAGAGACCAUUUAGGUGAUCAAAAGCUACCACAGGAAGGGGAUGGACGUGUGAUUGUUUGUACAUCACAGAUGCCAGGGGGGAAAAUAUGCUUUACAUCUAUGUAUAGAGGAGGGUUUCUUAUAUCUUCGGACAUGACAGGGCAGAGUCCCGCCCUUCAGUUAAUACACUCAGGGAACAGUUCAGUUCUAUCUGUGUCUUCAUUGGUGGAAAGGGCAGUUUUUUGUGGAAACACAGACACAAAAAUCACAGAAUGGCAGUCGGCUGUUAACCCUUUUCCAGGAUUUCAAGAUCUGCCCAGCUGUUCGGUCGAUAGUUCCAAAUGCCUUUGCCAUUCCUCGGACACGCUUUAUUGCCAUGUGCUCUGCACCCAACAAAAGGAAGUCUGCACUCUGUCCCAAUUAAGUGCAGUUUCUCGUGCGGGAAACUUGAAAGUUCCGAGCUUGAAUAUAUCCUUCCCAACUCUAAAUGCGGAGCCUCAGCUAACGUGGUGCUGCUUAUCUAGAAACCUCCCUCUUCCUGUUGAGCAGAUGGAGAAGAAAUAUUCUGCUUAUUCUUCCCUGCAUACCUGCAAAAAUGAAAGCAUGGUGUCAAAAUGUAGUCUUUCCUUUUGCCAAAUGAAAAGUCUCAAGAAGGCUGCUAGCCAAGGCUUGACGACUGGGACCCCCAAAGCACCAGUCACUUGCUUUUCACAGAAGCAGCAGAUAGAGAAGCAGUGCUUUACAACAACUGGAUUUGAUGUGCUGUUAAAAGACAUUCCAGAGGCAGAAGGGGCAAAAGAAAAGCUUAACAAAGUGAGAGGACUCGCAACCAGUAAAGGAAAGAGAAGCCGUAAAAGGAAAAAAAUGAAGAUCAGUCAAAAACGAUAUAAGGGGAGUUAUGGACAUAGACACAUUCUGCUGAAAACCAACAGACUGGGCAAGCAACGCUGGCCAGCAAACAGGCCCCUGGAGACCCCCAAAAGGCGUCCCAAUUCCCACACAUCUGACAGCCAUGAACCUUUUGGGAAAUGGUCCUGUCUUCCAACAGCCUCUCAAGGGAAUGACCAAAAUCUACAGCAGGAAUCAUCUUAUGCCCCAACUGACAAAGCUGCUUCCUCUGUGAAAAAGAACCAGAUGAAAGAAGAAGUUCCUGGGUCUGCUAAUGAACACUCCAGGGGCAGUCUCUCUCUUCAGAUGAUGCCUGCAGUUCCAGAUGUUUCAAAAGCAACGUAUUCUUUUACACUGGCCACUGAUGCAGUAGUGGAAAAAGCAAACACCUUUGAUGUCAACACCUUAGGAAUAUUUAAGGAAGAACCACAGCCCGAUGUUAUUUCUGACGAUUGUUGGCCUUCCAUUGAGCAUUGCAACUUUGAACUGAUAGUUUCAGGCAAGAGCCAUUCACACAGCAUUAUGGAUUCAAAGGUUAUUAGUCCUGUAUUUGUGGGAUCAAAUGCAGACUGUGAUAAUGUAGAAUCAAAGCAUCAAAAUUUUACCGACUUGGAGCGCUCUGUCCAUGUCACAGGAAGAAAAGAAAAACCCACAGGUGGGGAUUUAUAUCCAUCUCUAAAAGAGCAGCUUGCCCCCACCUUCCAAACUCCAUGUCCUGCUUUGUUCGGAUCAAAUUUGCUUACUGGUACAUCAUUUUCAAGUAAUCCUUUACAUACUUCAGGGCUUGUGCAGGAGACCAAUAGCUCUCCUGGCCACUGUAGUUGUACAGACAAGAACAUCCACUUUACAAAACCAGGCAAUGAUCAAGGAAAGCUUUCUAAACCUGGAUUUCCUCCUUUCAAAAACCCCUCUACUUUCAUAGCUAGCUCUGGAACACUAUCCAAACCCUACAAAAAACAAAGCUUAGAAGUGAUGAGCAAACAAGCUCACGUGGAAUAUGACGACAUAAGCAGCAGUGAUGAUGAAGACAGGCUGAUUAUAGAAAUAUAGUGACUAGCCCAUCUGCUGUUGAAGAGAAGGCAGGAGUGGGAAACCUUUUCUCAGUCAAAGGGCCACAUUCUCUCCUGGGCAACCUUCCAGGGGCCACAUACUAGUGGUUGGCAGGGCUAGAUGCAAAAGGUGAGUGGAAGCAAAGGCUAAAUGGGCAGAGAAAUGGGUGUACGACUCUCACCUCUGUACAGCAAGCGACAUUCCAGCCAUGCAGAAAUCAGGUUUCUACAUCCAUGCCUCUGUCCUGGCAAGCAAGAAGCAUUAUCUACCCCACCAAAAGGACUUGACAUCAGAGAAUAGGGUUGGCAAUGGAAGUGGCUCGGGGAAGAGUCCUGAAAGCUGGCCUGAAGGCAAAUUCAGACUCUAGACCUGAGGUUCUCCACCCCUGAUAUAGGGGCAUGAUCAAUAGGAAGUCCUGUAAGGACCAGACAAUUGUCAUUCUGCCUUUAUCCUACACCUUAAGCGCAGGAAAAAAAACAUUCCUGACCUCAGUUGGGUUUCUUUAGAUGUGUUAAUACUUUUAUAUGAAGCAAGGAAACAGUUGGUCCCCGCACAGUAAACCAACAUCGUCGUAGCUCCUAGCUUCAAGUUUUGUUGUAAGCCCAAUGCUAUUGGUCAGUCUCUUAUGUUGAUACAAUAGAAGGCAGAGACCAUGUGCAAGUUGAGGGUUGACACUUGAGUGUCACCAACUCCGGAGUAGUUUUCCCUGCUGCUGCUUUUCUGCAAGUUUUUACAUCUAGACUUUUGCAUGAGGAGAUCUGCACCUUUAAGACAUCCUACAGCUUUUCCAUACUGCAUAAAUAUUCCGUGCUCCCUUGUGACAGACAACACAAGCAUGUUUUGCUUUGUGUUUUGUGCCUUCUGAAAUAGAAUUUGAAUAUUUUAUAUCCCCCACUGCUCUGGUAACAUGGCUCACCAGUGUUGAACAUUUCCUGAGGUUUCUGAAAUUGGAAUAUUUUGAGUUUUCUAGGUUCAACAGGGUUG